GGGAUUACAGAACAAAGAGGCGCCCUCCCCGCUCCGCCUCGUCUGCAGCCCCCAGGACGCAGGGGCGGGCUGCAGGGGGGCCCCCGCCUGGCCCGGCAACACCCCCUCCCUCUGGCAGCCGCCGCCGCCCCCCCCCCCCAGCAGCCAGGCUGGGAAUUACCCCCCCUCCCCAAUCCCCCACCCUCCUCCUCCUCCUCUUUCUCCUUCCCUCCUCCUCCUCCUCUUCUGGACAGAAUAAUUCCACCCCGCAAUCCGAGCAGGAGGAGCUGAUUGCUGGGAAAAGCUGAUCUGUGGGUUUGGGGAAUGAGGUCAGGCUGAGAAAGCCAAGAGCUGAGAAAGUGACUAUGGCACUGCUGGGGAAGCUCUCCGACAGGCCCCCAAACAACUCCCGGCCCGACCACUGGUAUCUGGUGUCCUCUCAGAAAGAUGAAGUUAUCACCAGCUUAGUAUCUGCCUUAGAUUCUAUGUGUUCAGCACUUUCAAAACUCAACGCGGAAGUGGCCUGCGUGGCGGUUCACGACGAGAACACCUUCGUCAUCGGGACGGAAAAGGGGAGGAUCUUCAUGAACACGAGGAAAGAGGUCCAGGCAGAUUUUAAGAAGUUCUGCACAGGAGUCCAGCAAAGGAAAGACCAAGAACUCGACAACCAGAAGAAGGCCAAAGAUUUUGGCCGGACCAUUCCCCGGAUCUCCCCAGAUCAGGGAUCGGAUGUUUACCUCCUCAGGAAGAUGGUGGAAGAAGUCUUUGACGUGCUUUAUAGUGAGGCCUUAGGGAAGAACACUGUGGUCCCCUUGCCGUAUGAGAAGCUCUUGAAAGAGCCCAGUUUGCUGGCAGUGGCCGGGCUGCCUGGCGGAGUCACCUUCAGGAAACCUUCCGAAUAUGACACCAAAUCUCUGAUGGCCAUUUUAGAGCAUAGUCACAGCAUGCGCUUCAGGCUAAAACGACCCCCCGAAGAUUCCAUCCGGGACCCCAACCCUGGCCCCGAGAUUAAUGCCCCCGCUCUGCUGCCGAAAAGCCACCGAGAACCCGGCCUGAACAACAUGCACGUGAAAACGGCCAGCCAGGACUCUCUCCCUGGGGUCAGCCCCAGCAGUUUCCUGUACGGCGUAUCUCUGCCUGCCCAGCUGGCCAUGGAAAUCAAGCAGGAGGGGCCGGCCGGCCGGCACGGGAUCCACGCGGUGGGCGAGAUGCUGAGGUCGUCCCGGCCGCCAGGAGAAGCGAAGGUGCCUUCGCCACAGGAGUUCGGGGACUGCUGUGGACAGAAAUCUACUCUCCCCGGUGGUCCACUUAUCCAGAACGUUCACUCUUCCAAACGCAUCCUUUUCUCCAUAGUCCAUGACAAAUCAGAUAAAUGGGACAGUUUCAUAAAAGAGACGGAAGAUAUCAACACUCUGCGGGAAUGUGUGCAAAUCCUCUUCAACAGCAGAUAUGCUGAAGCGUUGGGGCUGGAUCACAUGGUCCCCGUCCCGUAUCGGAAAAUUGCUUGCGACCCCGAGGCAGUAGAAAUCCUUGGGAUCCCGGACAAAAUCCCCUUCAAGCGGCCCUGCACCUAUGGAGUUCCCAAGCUCAAGCGAAUAUUGGAGGAGAGGCAUAACAUCCACUUUGUGAUCAAAAGGAUGUUUGAUGAAAGGAUUUUUACAGGAAGUAAAUUUACCAAAGAUUCAGCCAAGAUAGAGCCAUCUAGCCCCUCUGGGGAAAUAUCUCCUGAGCCACACAGAAUGGCAUUUCUUCAACUGGCAGGGACUUCCCAGGCUAACCACAGGUCUGAAAAGUGCCCCAUUUCUGCAGACUGUGAACCAGGUACCUCAGGGGAACUAGGAGGGAUAAAGCGCAUUAAAAUAGAACCGGACGAAGUGGACAUCAUCCAGAUCACUGUUCCAGAUCGAUCGCCCAGUUCGGAGGAAAUGCACGACGGGGCAGCCAAUCACAUGACUUCGGAUGAUGCCGCCUACGUGCGUGAAAGGCUGGCAGAUAAAGCUUCCGGUAACCAUGCACAACAUGAGGAGAAGCAGAGAGAAGGCAAAGAUGGCGUGGGUGACGUUUUAAGUCACUUGAGAAAGCAAGUGGAGAUUUUGUUCAACACAAGAUAUGCUAAAGCCGUAGGAACUUCUGAGCCGAUCAAGGUCCCGUAUUCCAAGUUUCUGAUGUACCCAGAGGACCUCUUUGUGGUGGGUUUACCCGAUGGCAUCUUGCUCAGACGGCCGAACUGCUUUGGGAUUGCAAAAUUAAAAAAGAUUCUACAGGCCAGUAGCAGCAUCCAGUUCAUCAUCAAGAGGCCAGAACUGCUCACAGAAGGGGUGAAAGAGCCCGCCUCUGACAGCCCAGGAGUGAUAGCAAACGAGAGGGAACCCAACGAGCGUCUGGUGGAGGAACCAGUUAAAAGGCCCGGAUUCCAAGAAAAUUAUGACACGCGGCUUUCCCGAAUCGAUAUCGCAAACACGCUAAGGGAACAAGUUCAAGAUCUCUUCAACAAGAAAUAUGGUGAGGCUCUGGGCAUCAAAUACCCGGUCCAAGUGCCAUAUAAACGUAUCAAGAGCAACCCAGGAUCAGUCAUCAUCGAAGGGCUCCCGCCAGGAAUCCCCUUCCGAAAACCAUGCACCUUUGGUUCCCAGAACCUGGAGAGGAUCCUAGCAGUGGCAGACAAGAUCAAGUUCACGGUAACAAGGCCUUUCCAAGGACUCAUCCCCAAACCUGCCCCUAGACGGAUAUCCACCUUGGAAAAGGCAUACGCCGCCUUGAACGACGAAGACGAUGCUAAUAGGCUGGGGGAGAAAGUGAUCCUUCGGGAACAGGUCAAGGAGCUCUUCAACGAAAAAUACGGAGAGGCGUUGAGCCUGAACCGGCCCGUCCUGGUGCCCUAUAAGUUGAUCCGGGACAGUCCCGACGCCAUCGAAGUGACUGGCCUGCCGGACGACAUCCCAUUCCGAAACCCCAACACCUACGACAUCCACCGGCUGGAGAAGAUCCUCAAAGCGCGGGGCCGGAUCCGGAUGGCCAUCGUCAAACAGCUUCAGUCCUUUACAGAUGUGGGUUCCGAAGCCAAACAGCCAGAAAACAACAGCAACGUUCCCAAACGGAAACGGAAGCGGGUCUCCGAGGGGAAUUCAGUAUCUUCCUCUUCAUCGUCGUCCUCUUCCUCCUCUUCAAAUCUGGAGUCCACGUCAUCAACCAAUCAGAUCUCACUUGUGCAAUGGCCCAUGUACAUGCUGGAUUACGGGGGGCUCAACGUACAGAUCCCAGGACCGAUGAAUUACUAAGACCUCAGCUGCUCCGCCGGGAACCUCAGCCGAAAGGAUCACUGGCGCCCUGUAACUUUCUUUUGUACAAAGUGUAUAUUCCAAUAUGUAUUGAUGCCUUUUAGUUUUUCCAAUGAUUUUUACACUAUAUUCCUGCCGCCAGGGCCUUUUUGAAUAAAAAACCAAGGAAGUGUUGCCUUGCUCUGA